AUGGCGAGCUGCUGCUCUUGCCCGCAGCUGGGCAGCUCUGUAGGCGGCUGGCUGAAGCUGGCUGUUGCUGCAGGUGGCAUAAUUGUUGUUUGCUGCGGCUCAGCCCUUGGGGGCCCCCCGGGGGGCCCCCCAGGGGCCCCCCUUGGGGCCCCCGCUGGGGGGCCCCUCUACCUGCAGAGUUCAGACGCAGGGCUCGGCCUGGCGGCCGCAGCAGCAGAGAGGCCGCGCAGCAGCAGCAGCAGCAGCAGCAGCAGCAGACUUGCUGCAGCAGACGCGCUCGUGGCUGCGGCCGGCCGCGAAGGCCGCCGCCGCAGCCGGAGAAAAGAAGUUGAAGAAGAACUUGAAAAGCCUUUUGGACUCGCGAGGGGCCUCAACAGGCAGCAGCGCGAGGGCUUUUCUUCGGGACUUUCUGGAAACAAAAGAACAGCAGUGGGGCUCUUUUUGGUUCUCUGCGGGCUCGUUUUGACAGCAGUGCAUCUGAACAAGUACAAACAAGUGCCCGCGAGCGCGCUGGACAGCCUGCGGUGGCGGGGCUACAGAAUGCGGCGAGAUGCCUCUCCAGGGGAGAGGCAAGCAGCAAGCAUUUUGGAUCGUUUGUCUCUUUCUUUUUUCACAGUGGGGCUGGGCCUCGUUGUGUUGGCAGCAGGACUGUCAGCAAAGAAGAAAAGGAAUGGGAAGCAGCAGCGCCUUCCGCUGCUUCAGUUGACGGGCGCAGACGCGGAAGCAGCAGCAGAGCGGAACGCAGCAACAGCAGCAGCAGAAAGGGCAGCAGCAGCAGCAGCAGCAAAGGCAGCAGCAGAAGCAGCGCACGCAAAGGCAGCGAAUAGUGCACCGGAAGCGACGCCCUCAGCAAGGAUGCAAACAGCAGCAGCAGCAACGGAAGCAGCAGCAACACAAGCAGCAGCAACUGCAGCAGCAGAAGCAGAAGCAGAGCCAGCAGCAACGGCGACACCAAUAAUAUAUGAAGUGGCUGUAACUACAGAAGCAAAAAGAGGAGCGCCAGCAGCAAAAGCAAAGCCGAAAGAAGCAGCAACAUCAACUGCAGCAGCUGCAGCAGCAAAGCCAGCAGCAGCAACGCAACCACCAGCAGCUGCAGCAGCAGAAGACACACCAGCAGCAGCAGCAGCAACGCCGGAAACGCCACCAGCAGCGGCACCACUGGCUCCAGAAGCAGCAGCGCCGACAGCAGCAGCAGCACGACUUGAAGCAGCAGCACACGUAGCAGCAGCAGCACACGCAGCAGCUGCAGCACAGCUGGCAACAGUAGUAAUGGCUUCAGCAGCAGUAGGCGAAGCAGCAAAGCAAGCAGCAGAAGCAGCACCAGCAGUCCACGCGGCGCUUGCAGUAGCAGCGGCAGCAGCAGCAGCAGCAGCAGAAGCAGCAGCACUUGGUGCAGAAAAGUCCGAAGCAGCAACACAAACUGCAGCACUAGUUGCAGCAGCAAGAAAAGUGGCAGACGCAAUGGAAGCAGCAGCAGACGCAGCAACAGCAGCACAAACAGAUGAAGAAAAAGCAGCAGCAGCGUUCGUAGCGGCGGCCUUAGCAGCAGCAGCAGCAGAAAUGCCGCCAACGGCACCUCAAGAAGCAGCAGAACCAGCAGCAACAGUGCCAGCAGCAGCAACAGACCCAGCAGCAGCAGCAACAGCAACAGACCCAGCAGCAGCAGCAGCAGCAACGCCAGCAGCAACACCAGAGACGACAGACGAAGCAGAGGCGACACAACCAACAGCAGCAGCAGCAGCAACACAACCAACAGCAGCAGCAGCAGCAGCAGAAACACCACUAACAGCAGCAACAGAAACACAACCAACAGCAGAAGCAGCAACAACGCCACCGACAGCAGCAGCAACAGAAGCAGCAGCAGCAGCAGCAACACCAGCAGCAACACCAGAAUCGACAGACGAAGCAGAGGCAACACAACCAGCAGCAGCAACACAACCAACAGCAGCAGCAGCAGCAGCACCAGCAGCAACACCAGAAACAACACACGAAGCAGAGGCGACACAGCCAGCAGCAGCAACACAACCAACAGCAGCAGCAGCAGCAACACCAGCAGCAAAACCAGAAAGGACAGACGGAGCAGAGGCAACACAACCAGCAGCAGCAACACAGCCAAGAGCAGCAGCAGCAGCAGCAGAAACGACACACGCAGCUGAGGCAACACAAGUAGCAGCAGCAAUACCGCCAACAGCAGCAGCAGCAGCAACACCACCAACAACAGCAGCAGCAGCAACACCACCAACAGCAGCAGCAGCAGCAACACCAGCAGCAACACCAGAAACGACACACGCAGCAGGGGCAGCACAACCAGCAGCAGCAACGCCAGCAGCAGCAGCAGCAGCAACGCCAGCAGCAGCAGCAGCAGCACGAGAUGCACCACAUCCAGAAAGAACACAGACAGCAACAGCAACAUUGGCAGCAGCAGCACAUCUAGCAGCAACUGUGACGGAAACAGCAACAGCACCAGCAGCAGCACCAGAAGCAGCCACACUGGCAGCAGCAGCAGCGACAGCAGCAGCAACAGCAGCAGCAACAGCAGCACCAUUACAAGCACAACCAGCAGCAACAGCAAAAGUAACAACACUAGAAGCACAACCAACAGCAGCAACAACAGCAGCAACAACAGCAGCAUCACUAGAAGCGCAACCAACAGCAGCAGCAACAGCAGCACCAUUAGAAGCACAACCAACAGCAACAGCAACAGCAGCAACAACAGCAGCACCACCAGAAGCACCACCAACAGCAGCAGCAGCAGCAGCAGUACCACCAGAAGCACUUCCAACAGCAGCAGCAGCAGUACCACCAGAAGCACCUCCAACAGCAGCAGCAGCAGUACCACCAGAAGCAGCAGCAGCAGCAGCAGCACCACCCAAGUCCAUACCCACAGCAGCAGCAGCAACAAAGCCUGCAGAGGCAACAACAACAGAUGAAGAAGCAGCACCAGCAGCACCGGCAGAAGCAACACCACCGGCAGCAGCAGCGCCACCAGCGGCAGCAGCAGCAGCAGCAGCGCCAGCAGCAGCAGCAGCAGCGCCAGCAGCAGCAGCAGCAGCAGCAGCGCCAGCAGCAAUAGCAGCAGCAGCGCUACCAGCAGCAGCAGCAGCAGCGCCACCAGAAGCAGCAGCAGCAGCCGCGCUACCAGCAGCAGCAGCAGCGCCACCAAAAGCAGCAGCAGCGCCAGAAGCAGCAGCAGCAGCGCCACCAGAAGCAGCAGCAGCGCCAGCAGCAGCAGCAGCAGCGCCACCAGAAGCAGCAGCAGCGCCAGAAGCAGCAGCAGCAGCGCCACCAGAAGCAGCAGCAGCGCCGGAAGCAGCAGCAGCAGCGCCACCAGAAGCAGCAGCAGCGCCAGAAGCAGCAGCAGCAGCGCCACCAGAAGCAGCAGCAGAGCCAGAAGCAGCAGCAGCAGCGCCACCAGCAGCAGCAGCACUUGCAAUGCGGCCAAUACCACCACCACCAGCGUCAGCAGCAGCACAGCCGCAGCAGCGGAGGAGAGGGUAA